AUGGAACAAGAUGUUAUAAAUUUGAAAAACCAUACUACUCAAUAUAAAGUACUGAAAGAUGAAGAGAUAAAACAAAAAGCCCUGAAGACAUAUAUGGAUAGCGAUGAGUAUAAAAAAGAAGUUGAAGCAAAUGUAAAGGCAGAAAAACUUUUACAGUUGCAAAACCAAACCGUACAGUAUGAAAACUUAGCACAAGAAAGUAAAAAUAACGACGCAGCCAUGCAAAAGGCAAUGAAAAGCGCAGAAUAUAUAAAAGCUAAUAAUGACUGGUUAGAUGCCCAAGCCAACGCUAAAGCAGCCCAACUUCUAGGGUCAAUAAGGACAAAAAUACAAGCGGAUGAAGACAGUUCAAAUGAAGCUUUAAUGAAUGCUAACUUUAAGAAUGCCUUCGAAGCUCUUCAUAGUAAGGUGAAACUAGUGAAUGACUUCUCAUCUGGAAAGAAACUGAAGUCUGAAGGUUUCGACAAAGAGUUAAGAGAAGUAGCACAAAAUAUGACGAAAAUAACAGAUGCAGCAACGAGACAGGCAGUUCAAAGUGCCUAUGACGCCGUUAGAGCAACAGUUAGUAUACAUGUCUUCGGUAUGGUGGCACUGCCUUCCAUCUUACCAAAGUUAUGUCAAUCUGACACUUUACAAAACCACUAA